AUAGUUCUCCUUUGCUACCGUCCCCUCUCCUCCCUAGACGACUCGACUACGGGGUGACCGUUCCUGUAGCACCUAUUUGGACACAUGCGGUGGCCCCGACAUAUGCAGCGAGCAGCGCUCCCAUUGUCGGGCGAUACAACAACGUAGAUCGGGAGCAAACUUCUCAAAUACAAUUCGUCGGCUCAGUGGCCAGUUCAGAAAGGGAACAACCUCGUUCUUCCUCUGCCGCUCGUCAUCCGAUGCCUCCAGUGGACGAUGUUGAUUGCGCUGCAGUCGUCCGGUGGCAAACCAUCUUCGACGUCGAACAAGAUUGUUCGAAUGAGUUUGAGGGAAGGAUGUCGAAGGCGGUUGUACGCACUCCGCAAUGCUAUGGCCGGUGUGGGUGACAACGAAGGACCUGUCAGCGUCGUUGUGGAUCGUCUGCUGCACUGGUCGUUGCCAGCCAUACGAGCGGAGUUCGGGGGCGACAUAGCUGUUGCAAUCUCAGCGACGUUGCUAUCGCGAGUUUGUGGUCACGAUUUCCAGUUGCGUUAUGCGCCAGGUGAUUCGGGUGCUGAUUGCCUUGAAGGGGAUGAUGAGGGUUCAGGGAGCGCUGCGUUUGGGGGGUCGCAGGAUGGAUCGCAGAGCUCGUUCCCGCCGGCACGUCGGGCUUCGAGGCGUGUUGAGAAAGGGCGUGGUCGACCACGCAGUGAGGGUCGCUCGACAUCGACGCCUGCGCCCGCACAGAUGUGGUCGGAUAGUUGGGACGGUGCGCACCAGUGUGGUCCGGGGCCCGACCGCGACUCUGUCCAGGAGGAGAUGGUCAUGUGGUCGGGACCGGACGCGCCGGAUGUUGUGAUCCUCGAACCGUUGAAGGAAGCGAAGAAAGUUAGUAACCCGCAUCAGUGCAUUUCAGGGCCGCAGUUCAUGCAGUUCACGAAGAAGGAGCUGGUGGAGGCGUUCAGUGCAUGUUUCGAACCCGAUGUUCUUGCAUUGAAGGAAGAGCGGAUGAAGAAAUCAGAUUUCGUUGCUGUCGUUAUGCAGAAGAUGUACCCGUUCGGGUCGAUAACGAACGAUCGACAAUUGACUGUAGAUCCUAACGGUGUGACAGAGUUCCAUGCGCAUGAGGUUGGGAUGUGGUUCCUCCACGCGUGUCAGCUUUGCAGGGACGAGGGUGGAGACGCUGACAGUUUGCACCGUGAUAUCAUGAUGAUCGCCGAUCAUUGGGCUGGCGAUCAUUCGAGGUGCGACAGUGAUAGGCAGAUUUUGUGCGAGAAGGCAGGUGGGCCGGGACAAUUGCGAUUGUACAACCACGCGGACAGAGUGUACAAGCUCAUUCUGCUUGUUUUAGGAAAACAAUGCAGCACAAACAUCACGUCGUACUGCAUCGAGUUUCGCCAUACAUCGGUGGUGGAAACUUUCCAAGGCACCAUCAUCAUCUACGUGAAAAAGUCAGUGCAUUUUGAGAAAUCGUACAAUGCGCGUGUGGCAAUCCCAGUCAUUCGGUGGAACAGUCACUGUUGGCGCAAUCCGAUCGAGUACCGUACUCCCAUGCCCGCCGACACUUCCAUAUGUCUGAGACCUGCCUUUCGUCGACAUAACGAGGCUGCAGACGACUCUUGGGUAGACAUGUUGGCGGCAUUCGUGUUUGGUUCAUCUUGCGUUUCGGACUGGGCCCGACGUCUUUUGCGACGUGCUGAUUGUCCUUAUGGGGCCGGACCCGGGUCGUCACCGCCUCCAUUGCCGCGCGACAUUUUUGUCAUGGAUGGAGAUGUGCCUGUUGACGUUGUUGAUGAUACCGACUCCGGUUCGGACCACGAUGUCUUGGGAGACAACAACAUUUUCAUAACUGGUGAUGAGUUUGAGGAUGUUGGGAUUGCAUAUCAUGAUUGCCAGCUCGGAAUCGGAGGGUGACGAUAUUGAGCUGCAUAGCGUUUGACGUUAAGUGCCUCUAACAUGGAAUUCACCUGACUCUUUUCAUUAGAUCACAUAAUGUUUGAGCACGA